CUUCCCAAAUAAUUACCUUUCGGUCUUGUAAAACAUUCUGAUCCACACAACAGAAGGAGAAGAGGAAGAUGAAGGUGAAAGUGUAUGCAGAUCGUAUGUCACAGCCGUCUCGUGCUGUAAUCAUAUUCUGCAAGGUUAAUGGAAUCGAAUUCGAUGAGGUUCUGAUUAUCUUGGCGAAGCGUCAGCAAUUAUCCCCUGAAUUCAAAGAGAUUAACCCAUUGGGGAAAGUUCCAACUAUUGUUGACGGCAGACUUAAGCUCUUCGAGAGUCACGCCAUCUUGAUUUAUCUUUCCUCUGCAUUCCCGAGUGUAGCUGAUCAUUGGUACCCGAAUGAUCUUUCCAAGAGAGCCAAGAUUCACUCUGUCUUGGAUUGGCAUCACACCAAUUUACGCCCUGGUGCAGCUGGAUAUGUAAUGAAUAGUGUUCUAGCUCCAUUUCUUGGCGGUUCUCUGGACUCGAAAGCAGCUGCUGAAGCUGAGCAGAUACUAACCAAGUCUCUGUCCACUCUAGAGACUUUUUGGCUUAAGGGCAAUGCUAAAUUCUUGCUCGGAAGCAACCAACCAUCCAUAGCUGAUCUCAGCCUUGUAUGCGAACUUGUGCAACUCCAGGUUUUGGAUGAGAAAGAUCGUCUUAGAUUGUUUACUCCUUGCAAGAAAGUUGAGGAAUGGAUUGAGAAUACGAGAAAGGCGACGCAGCCUCACUUUGAUGUGGUUCAUAAAACCCUUUAUGGAGCUAAAGACAAAGUUGAGAAGCAGCGGAAGAUGGGAACAACCGUAUCUAAACCGGCUUUUCAAUCUAAGAUGUAAUAACAAAUUUGUAUCGAGGGCUGUUUGUGAAAACCCCGGUUUAGGGGAUCACUGUAAUAACUCGGUCCAACAUUUACACUGUAAUCGGAACCAAUGUAUUUGUAAUCACUUAUCAGGGCUGUUUCAAAAUAAACAUAU